CGGCUCCUCCUCUGUGGCCCAUCGAGCGAUCGUCCCAAACUUUCAGGGCUUCCUGAAGCUUCGCCUUUAUAUGCGGCGGAAAGGCUGCAGCGCUGCAAAACCCCGAUGGCGGAUCCGAGCGGGAUUAUGAGUUUCUGAAACCAUGGUGCUGAUGACCGAGGCGGCGGACAGACCUCUGACCCCGUUAUCCGCGGUGGAACCACUUCCCUGCAAGGAGUCCCGGGGGAAUCGCUCGACGUCUGAGGGGGACCAUGGAGGUGAGAGGAGGCAGAGGAGGCGAGGACGCUCCCCCACAGACCUCCAGCUCUCUGUGGACGUGGAGUCAGAGGAGGUCAGGAAGAAACCAAGCGGCACCAGACUGAAACCUGCAGAGCCGCUUUCACCAAUGCUGAGUCUGAGUGACUUUGAAACUAAGAUCGAAAGGAAGAAGUCGCAGCCCAGCCAGUUAUCAAAGACAAACGCCCAGUAUCACAAGUUAUUCAAGGAAGUCAGCAGAGAUGAGUUACUCAAACAGAGUUACACCUGUGCCCUGCAGAGAGACAUGUUAUAUCAGGGCAAAAUGUUCGUCUCUGAUAACUGGAUCUGCUUCCACUCCAAAGUCUUUGGCAAAGACACAAAGAUUUCUAUUCCAGUCGUGUCCGUGACACAUAUCAAAAAGACUAAAACUGCGUUGUUAGUGCCAAACGCCCUCGUGAUUCAAGCUACUCAUGAGCAGCACGUGUUUGUGUCGUUUCUCUCUCGAAACACCACCUACAAACUUCUGAAGUCCAUCUGUCUGCAUCUGGAGGAGGACAAGAUUUGUAUCAGCCCUGAUACGUCCUGUGAAAGCAGCUUCAGAGUCAAAUGUCCGUCAUCGCUUCCUCUGGACCUUUCCGGAGCCUUCUCCGACCUCGACGGGGUCGUGCAGCAGAGACGGCAGGAGAUGAUGGAGAGCAGCAGUUCCGGGUCUCAGACUCCAGACUACGAUAAAAUAAAUGACUUCAGCGGCCUCCCAGACACGUUUCUAAAUGCGGUGAAGAGCGCAGAAGUUUCAGUCCACGCCGACAUCCACCUCCAGACUCCGAGCCAAAAACAUGGAACCGCCCUCAAGACCGGCUCAACCAAACCAGGUCUGGGAGUCACAGCGAAAUGCAGAUCCUCCCAGUCCGUGCCGCUGCACGCCAUCCUCCUCCUCUAUCUGUUUCUAGUUAGCGCCCUUGUCUUGUCCUCCUGUUACAUGGCCUUCAAGAUUGUAGCUCUGGAGCAUCGUUUGAACUCCUUGGUGUCGAUGGGGGAACACAUUCGCAACGGAAAUAUCGGGAUCCAGAGGCCGCAGGAUGAAGUGAAUGCUGAGAUAUUUGGUGAACUUUCCACCAACCUGUUGAAACUUGAGAAGAUUCAAAAAAGCCUCCGGAAGCUCCUGGAGGAGACUUAAAGGAAGACGGUGGUUUGUCCGGAUAAGAAGCUUUACUGUUUAUUAUUAGAGAUGGUGCCAAAUCUCCAAUGGCUCCUACAGGACGCUUUGAUAAACCUUAGUGAAGUUAAAUUGUGCAAUAACGGCUUCUUUCUUUUUUCCUCAGGACUAUUUUAUCACUCCUCUUAAAUAAAAAGCCUGUGCUAUGUUAGUGUGCCAGUGGUAGUGUUAGUAUGAAGUAUUUAUCCAAGAGCUUUUAUUUUGCAUUUCACAAUAGUGGGAUUUUAUAUAUUGUAAGGUGUCAGGUCCAAAGGUCCUAUUUCACUACAUUCAGACAUUUCACAGAAAGGUCAAAUUAGUGCUGCUUCAGGUUUGUUUUGCCAGUAAAUUAUAUUUAUGUGCUUGAUUCACUCAUCUAGGGGAUCAAGAUUUAUGAAAAUAUCAUUUCACAGCACAUUUGUAAAUACUGCCAGGCUGCUUUUACGCACAUUAUGUUAAAAUAAUCAGCAGAUAGGAGCAAAUCAGAAGAGUUUUUAUUGUAAAUGUGGAGUUUUUACUAAACAGUUUGCAUAUUAACGGUCUAAUUGUGUAAUUUUCUAUUAAAAAAAAUGCGGUUUUAUUCUCCUUUGUAAUAUAAGAGCUUCCUCUAAUUAGUAAUAUUUGUCUUGUUUUAAAUUGUCUUAACUUAAAUUUAGUUUCAGUGCUUCUUUGUCAGAAGACCAGUGAACCGCUUCAUGAGCUGUAGUGAUUCUUUUGUUUACAUCUUGAUCAGAGAUUGUGCCUUUUACUCUUUUAUUGAUUGUGUCACAGUCCAGAAAUAAAUGGUUGUCAUACAA